UCCCUGCCCCCCACCCCCACCCCCAGCAUUCAGCCGUCUGAGGGGCCUCUGCCCUGUGCCUGCCUUGUCUCCCUUAGGAGCGGGGCCACAGUCCAGGGGAGCAGAGCGCCUGUUGGCCAGGCUGGGGCUGGGCCGCCUUGGGGCGUCCUCAGCUCUGGCAGUCCCUGUAGCCGUGGGGUUUCCCUGCAGUUUCUAAGGUUCUUUGUUUGCUAAGGGGCGGUUGGGGUGGUGCCUCCUGGCUGUGAGACCUCAGGCAGCAUGUGCUCGCCUCUCGAGCCUGUUGACUCCGGACCCCUGGAAGUGGGCAGCGUGAGGCUUAAGGGGCAGUGCUGAGCACAGGGCCCGGCCUUUGAGCCUCGUGGCGGAGCUGCCAAGCCCUCGGUGGAGCAGCAGGGCCUGAAAAGGAAAGUCCUCUCUGCUCUGCCACGGCUGGGGCUCAGGGCUUCCCUGUGCCUGUCUGGUUCCUCCGAGGCGGGGCCGUGGGCGUGUGGUCACAGCCCCUCUGUCGGCACAGUGGGAGAGCUGGCUCCAGGACUUCCUCUGGAUCCCUUAAGAGUCUGACGCCAGACUCAGCCCCAGGCGGGAGCCGAUGGCUGGGUGUGUGGGUGGAGGAAGGCCAGAGCCUGGGCACCAGAGUCGGGCUUGGAGGGUGCCAUCAGCGGAGCUGUCAGGGUGGCGUGUCGGGAUGUGGCAGGAACGCCGCGCUGUUUUGUAAUUGCUCCUUAGAGGACACAGGGACUUGUUUCGCCCUGGAACCCCUGCUCUCUAAGUGCUGGUAAAAUAACAAACUAGCCACCCUAGCCAGCUGUCAGCCACACUUGGUGUGCACCGUCUGUCUCCAGAACCUCACCCUCCUGGCCGCCUUUCUACUCUUGAGUUUCAGUAGCUUUUUCGGGGGGUGUGUUCUGUGGCACCUGUGCCUGCUCCACGCAGUGUCAGGUCCUCAGCUCGUCUGCACGGAGCACAGGGCUCGAGGCCCUGUCUGAGGCUGCACAGCUCUUUGUACGUGUGAGCCCUGGGUCACAGCCCUUGGCUUCCGCGUGUGGGGUGAAUGCUGCAGCUGUGAGCAAAGGUGUGCUGGUCUCACGGACCCCCCAUGGUCAGAGAGGACCUGCUGGCCUGCUCCCAGCAGUGCACAAGGGUUCACUCUCCAUUGGCCAUUGUACUGGGUGUGAGGUUUAUAUUUCCCUAAUGAUUGGUGGUAUUGAGCACUUUUUUUUUUUUUUUAAGAUUUUUAUUUAGUUAUUUAAGAGGUAGGGUUAGAGACAGAGAAAGGUCUUCCAUCCCAAAUGGCCACAAUGGCUGGAGCUGAUCUGAAGCCAGGAGCCAGGAGCUUCUUCCGGCUCUCCCAUGUGGGUGCAGGGGCCCAAGGACUUGGGCCAUCUUCUACUGCUUUCCCAGGCCAUAGCAGAGAGCUGGAUUGGAAGAGGAGCAGCCAGGACUAGAACCGACGCCUAUAUGGGAUGCUGGUGCCACAGGCGGAGGCUUAGCCCGCUACGCCACGGUGUCAGCACCCCACCCCCCUUUUUAGGUCUGUUUAUCUGAAAGCAGAGUUGCAGAGAGAGAAGAGAUCCAUCUGCUGCUGCUUCACCAGGCGCAUUAGCAGGGGCUGGAUCAGAACUGAGAAGCCAGCACUCGAACCGGCACCCAUGCAGGAUGCAGGUGUCCCAGGGGUGGCUUAGCUCACUGAGCUACAGUGGCAGCCCCAUGUUGAGCACUUUUUGUGCUUACUGGUGUAUUGCAACUUUUUAGCUCAUUUAGUUGUGUCAUUAGCACAACUCGUGUGUUGAGAUACACCCCAUGAGCUGGCCGGCGCUUGGCUUUGGGUAGAGGACCUUGCUGGCCACCGAUGGUACUGGUUAAAGUGGGGGCAUCACUUCUGGGAGACCCCUGGCUUGGGCUUCCUCCCUCCUGGUUACAGUGCCCAGGACACUGAGCACAAAGGCAGGGUUCUGGGCAGAUGCUUUGGGGCAGGCAGUGAAACAGGGACCAAAGAACCGGAAGUGAGCAAACAAAACACUGAUUGAUGGGAAAGCCAGGAAGUGGCUAGGGUGCAGAUUUAAAUACAGAAGCCUGGAGAAACAGACCAAGCCAGUGGAGGAGGCAGGGGGGGCUUCCUGUGCCCUGUGAGCUGCUGUCUCCCAGCCCUGGACCCUGUGCCCCUCAAGUGUGGGGAGUUGAGUGAGCUGCAGGUGGGUGGGUGUGGACCUAAGAGGGCUGGGACAUGAUGUGGCAGGAGGCCACAGGUGAAGGGGUCUGAAGCCUCCAGGGAGUUGAGCUGGACAAGAGGAAGUCACCAAAGCUCAUGGCAGAGAAGUGCAGUGACAAAACAGCUGAGAAAUCAGCUGUUGGGAAACAGCCCGGUAGGGCUUGAGGGUGGGGUGGGACACAGGGCAGCGCUGGCAGUUGUCCACUGUGCCCAGGUGACCUCGCCCUCCCUGCACUCACUGCUGUGUGCAUGGAAGUACGGCCCCACUGCCAGACCUUGUCCCCAGACAGCACAGGGCCCCUGGGGGUGCAUGGAUGCCAGCUUCCAGGGCACCCCUGCAUCUUUCUACUGGGCCAUGGUGGGGGCUAGCCCUCUCUCACCCCCACCCGGCUCCUGCAAACAUCAGGAGUGUCCAGGUGGAAGACAGGACCCAGCUCCCAGGCCGCAAUCCUGGGAAUGUUUGCUCCUGGGUGGAGGGUGAGGAAGUAGAGAUGUUGCAAUCGCUCCUUCCACGUCAGAUGUGUCUCGUGAGGCAGGCCGCUCCCCACCUGCUGGCCCACGCGCCUGCCUUCUGGCCUGGCUCUGAUAACAAACCAGAAACUGUAAAGGGGCCGGGAUGCCUGGCUCAGAGCAGAGAGUCAUUGCCAGAGCAGUUCUCUCAGGGGGAAGAGGCUGCCUGGAGGCGGAGACGGGACCCAGGGCCGCCAGCACCAGAGGGUCUGCGAGGAGCAUGGCGGGCAGCCCCGAGGUGGUGGCCAUGGACUGUGAGAUGGUGGGGCUGGGGCCCCUGCGGGAGAGCGGCCUGGCACGCUGCAGCCUGGUGAGCCUGCAGGGCACCGUGCUCUACGACAAGUUCAUCCUGCCCGAGGGGGAGAUCACCGACUACAGAACCCGGGUCAGCGGGGUCACGCCUCAGCACAUGGCCACGGCCACCCCGUUCGCCCAGGCCAGGCGAGAGAUUCUGCAGCUGCUCAGAGGCAAGCUGGUGGUGGGCCAUGACCUGAAGCACGACUUCCAGGCUCUGCGGGAGGACAUGGAGGCCUACACCAUCUACGACACGGCCACCGACAGGCUGCUGUGGCGCGAGGCCAGACUGGGCUCCUGCAGACGAGUGUCCCUGCGGGUGCUGUGUGAGCGCCUCCUCCACAGGCACAUCCAGAACACUGGUCUGGGCCACAGCUCGGUGGAAGACGCAAGGGCGACCAUGGAGCUCUUCCGCGUGUCCCAGCGGAUCCGGGCCAGCCGGGGGCUGCCCUGCCUGCCUGUGUCCGACUGAGGCUCGUCCAGCCUCCGUCCUGGCCACGAUGCGCCUGUGCUUUGGAAAGUGCACCUUCAGCAGUAAAGCGACUCCCACGCC